AUGAAUUCAACAAGUAAAAGUGAUAGAACUGAAGAUUUAGCUUCUUUAUUUUUACCUGAGACUUUACAAAAUUUACAACAAAAUUUACAGCAACAACAACAACAACAACAACAACAACAACAACAACAACAACAACAACAACAACAACAACAACAACAAAGUUCAACUUCAGCAAAUAUUAAAUCCAAUAAUAAUAUUAAUAACGAUAAUGAUCUCAACAAUGAUACAAAUAAUAAUCAAAGAUUAAGUCUCAAUAAAAAUGAAAAUAUUACAGAUGAUAAUGAAUCAAUUAAUUUACCAAUAUCAACAAGUUAUCAAGAUUUUUUAAAUAGUAAUAAUUUUAUUAAUAAACCAAUUAAUGAAGAGAUUGAUCAACCAUUUUCUCAUUUAAAUCAUUAUAAUUCAUAUAAUUUGCAAUUUGAUCAAUCAAAUAUUAAUAUGAUGAAUCAACAACAUUAUACUAAUUUUCAUAAUCCUAUAUAUCAACAACUUUAUUCACAAUCAUUGCCAAAUCAACUACAGCAACAACUAUCUCAACAACAAGGAGGUCAACAACUACAACUGCAACCUCCGCAACAACAACAACAAUCACAACGAUUUCAUCCAGAUGGUACGACUCCAUUACUACAUUCUCCUUCUCCUUUCCCACAACAAAUGAAUUAUAAUCAAAGAAAUUAUGAAGAAUUUGAAUCUGAUUGGUUUAAUUCACAAUCUCAAAUACCCUAUCAAUUUGAUCAACAACAACAACAACAACAACAACAACAACAAAACCAGCCGCAAAAUCAACAACAAAACCAACACCAACAACUACACCAGUUACAACAACAACAAAUGCAGAAUCAGCAACAAUUCCAACAACAAUCGCAACCUCAUCAAUUAAUUCAAAGACAACAGCAGCAACACCAGCUGCAGAAUCAUCAACUGCAAGAACAUAGACAAUCCCAGUCUCCUCAACUACAAGAAGAUAUUAUUAAAAAGAAGAAACCAAAGGGAAGAAAACGAGAUAGUAAACAAAUAUUUGAUUUUCAAAUUGAUUACAAGCCAUUUAAAAUGAAGAAAUUACUUGAUUUUACUCAAUCAGGUGUAACUAGUAUAAAUGAUUAUAAAAUUAUUGAUAAUAAUAAUAAUGAAAUAAGUGUUGACUUUAAUGGGUUUCUUAAUGGUAGAUUUUUCACUAAUGAUACUGAUAAUAAUAAUUAUAUUUUCACCAAAAAUGAACUUCAGAAAAAUAAAAUGAUAAAAAUUGAACAUGACAGUCCGCAAAUAGAAGAUCCAAAAGUUGUAUCAUGUUAUAGAAGAAAUUAUAUUCAAUUAUUAAUGAAUAUGAAAUUAAAUGGAGUUACAAAAGAUUUUAAAUUGUUAAAAUUACAAACAAGUGAAUAUGGAUAUACAACAACAAGAGUUAUAAAAUAUUUUAAAAUUGAAAUAUUAGCAACUACAAAUAUAUCAAAUUCCAAAAAUGUUCCAAUAAUUAUAAGAAAUGAACCAAAAGAUAUUGAAAAGGAUAAAGAUAAAGAAAAUAAAAAAUUAAAUUAUUAUGAAUCUAAAGAGGAUAUAAUUUCACCUUUAGCUAUAGGAUCUCAAGAACAUAUAAUAGUUUUUAAUAAUGAAAGUAUAAUUGAAAAUAAUGAAUUAGAUAAAUAUUUUAUGGUUAAAAAAUUACAAUUUAAAAACGCAACUCCUAAUAAUGGUAAUCUAACUUUUCAAAAUUAUUAUCAUUUAAAAAUAAAAUUAAGUUGUAUAGUGGCAGAUAUUUAUUAUGAUGAUUAUGUUGAUGAUAUUGAUCCAACAGAGAUCAAUAAAAAUGGUUCAAAUGGUGGUAACAAUAAUAAUAAUGAGUUUCUUUUAACUGAAUUAAUUAGUGAACCAAUUAUAGUGAGAGGUAGAAAUCCAAGUUUUUAUGCUGAAAGGAAAGAUUUAUUGAUCAAAUGUCGUCAAUUUAAUUCUAAAAAAAGUUUCCAGUUAGCUGCAGAAUCAAAUAUUAAAGAAGAAGAAGAUCAUAGUAAUGGGUUAAAUGAUAAUGAACAUGAUCAAGACCACGAUCAUGAUAAUGAUCAUGACCAAGAUUUAGAUUCAGGUAUGGCAGAAAAUGAUUCAAAUGAUGAAGAUCAUUAUAGCAAUACUGGUAGAACAAAUGAUGAACGAAAUGAUUAUGGAAUGAGUUACAACAAUAAUAAGAAUUACAAUAACAAUAACCAUAACAACAAUGGUGGUAAUGAUCAAAAUUCACCAAUGGAUGAUAGCAAGAAGAAAAAUGAUUCAAUUACAAGAUUUCAAAAAGAAAAUUCAAAUCAUUUAAAUCUUUCAUCAUCAUCAUCUUAUUCAAUAAAUCAAUCAUCAUCAAUAGAUUUAAAUUCAAUUGAUGGAUAUAAAUAUUUUCCAAUUUCAUCUCAUUAUUAUUUACCACCAGUAAAUGUUGUAUAUUUCCCACAUAGAGCUCAUCAUCCAAUUGAAAAAGAUGAAUAUGACAAUUCAAAUACAAUGGAACCAAUAGUUGAAAGAAAGACUUCAAAUGUUUAUUUUAAAUAG